ACUAUUUAAACAGUAUGAAGAUAAUAAUCUGGCAGCAACCCGCUAUCUUCUCAAUCUAGCAUACAACAUACUCACAAUGCAGUCUAUCUGGGCUUUUUUCGUCGCCAUCUGGAACUUCAUCCUCUCCAUCAUCAGCAUAAAAGUAUUCCCAUUCGCAUGGCAUUGCCGAUUUAUCUACAACUACAUCCACAACUGUCACUUCAUCCGCAAAUCCCCCAUCCCCCCUUCCACCCCGGACUGUCUCACCCUCUUCCACCCCUCAAUCUACACGACCCUCACCCCAAUCGGCGAAAUGGACUUUUUCGGCCACAAGUCCAACUCGACAUACCUCACCGACCUGGACAUGGCGCGCGCAGUGCACAUCUGGAACGUCUUCCGCGUCGGGAUCAACGAUUUCCGCGAGAAAGAUAAGGAGAGGAAGCGGGAGCAAAAUGUCAAUGAUGUUGAGAAAUCGCGAGCACCGCAGGGCCCGACGAGUGGGUUGCUCGGCCUCGCGAUGGGUGGUACAUCGUGCAGCUUUCGAAAGCAGAUUCGGCCCGGGCAGAAGUAUGAGAUUUGGACGCGGGUGCUGUCGUGGGAUGAAAAGUGGGUGUAUCUGGUUUCGCAUUUUGUGACCAAGGCUGAGACGCCGGCUGUGUUUGUUGAUGAGAAGAAAAGCCAGAAGAAGAAGAAAGACGCAGCCAGCGAAUCUCAAGAACCAACCAUCCAUGCUGUGUCUAUUUCAAAGUUUGUGUUCAAGGAAGGGCGGAAAACUGUCAAGCCAUAUGGGUUUGUCCAGCAGUGUGGUCUGAUGCCCGAUGACAGCAUGACAUCUGUACAGGAUAUGGAGAUAAAACACGCAAUUGAGACAAGACGGCAAGAUGGAGCAAAGCUUGCGCAGAGCAUGGCGGCGCUGGAUGAGGGGUUUGACUUUUUUCAAGAGGAUUCGGUGGCUUUUGCAAGAUAUUGACUUGCAUGUCAUUUAUAAGUGUAAAGAAUGGAC